GGAUCAUCUGGUGGUAGGGCAGAAGUAGAUCUGAGAAUUACUUCUCGUCACAGCAGCCCUUGGAUUUCCGAUAGGAAAAGCUCAAACCCCUGAAAUGACGGUGGUGGGGUCGGCAUUCCCUUCCCUCCUCAACCGCUUCCCUGCAGCUGCCUUGCUCGCCAUCGCUGGAAGAAGCACCAAAGCUAUCAUGGUCAGCAGCGGCACCGGAGCGGCGUAUACAACCCUCCUCGAGCGAGUCACGUGCGAACGAGAGAUCAAGCGCAGCAAAUUCAUAGCCAUUGCAGCUCCCAUCUCCACCGAGCAAUCCGCCCAUUCCUUUCUCUCCGAGGUCCGAGAUCCCCGUGCCACGCACAACUGCUGGGCCUACAAGAUUGGAGAUCAGUACCGUUGUAACGAUGACGGAGAACCAUCAGGUACAGCUGGCAAACCCAUAUACUCUGCGAUUGAUUCAUCGGGCAUCGAUCGGGUCAUGGUCGUCGUCAUCAGGUACUUUGGAGGUAUAAAAUUGGGGACUGGAGGGUUAGUCAGGGCCUAUGGAGGAGUCGCUUCAGAAUGCCUUAGAGAUGCCGCGACUUGCCUUGUGAAAUCUAAAGUUCCAAUUGGUCUGGAGGUUCCCUUUGAUCUAUUGGGAAGUGUGUACCAUCAGCUACAAUCUUUCCAAGUCGAGGACAUCAAGCAGGAUUACGAUACGGGUAAAGAUGGCAUCACAAUGGUCACUUUUAAAGUCGAUUAUGAUAGGGUGGAGGGCUUGGAGACCACAAUCAAAGCUGCUUGCAGUAGAAAAAUUGCAUUUUACAAGAACUAGUGCGGAAUUUGUGGCAGACAGCAUCCAAUGGGAUCCACAUAUAGGCAAAUGAAGGUCAGUAUAUCUCAAAGGGUAUUGUUCGGAACAGUCACCUGCAGCAUGUCCCAUGUUUCUAUUUAAUUGCUUGUGUUGCUAUACAUGUAUACAGUCAGUGCGGAAAUGAAAAGCUCUUUUAUUAUAAAGCAUAGGACUAUUUGAGCA